UUUUGCUCUUGGCAACGAUGGAGGAGGCGUCGAAGCAUGUCGUUGUCCUCGUCCUCGGGGAUAUUGGCCGCAGCCCACGCAUGCAGUACCACGCUAUCUCGCUCGCCGAGAUGCCAGACACGCGUGUCACCGUUGUGGGCUACGAGGGCGAGCGCUGUGUUCCGCAGCUGCUGGCCAAGCCCAACAUUGCGUUGCGAACCUUUGCGCCCAUCGCCGUAUCGCGAAAGCUCUUCGUGCUCUCGGGACCACUCAAGGUGCUUCUCCAGGUGCGAUAUAGAUCCCUAUGCACUGUCAGUUUCGCCUCUGAUAUUGUGUCAUCUAGCUGUUUCAACUGUUUUGGCUUUUGCUGUUUUGCGUCGGGUCGUUUGACGUGCUUCUUGUACAAAAUCCGCCCACCAUCCCAACGCUGUACAUCGGCUGGCUUUCGUGCAAGCUCAAGCGCGCCAAACUUGUCAUCGAUUGGCACAACAUGGGCUACACGGUGCUCGCGCUCUCGAUUGGUCAAGGACACGUGUUUGUCAAGAUCGCCCGGUGGUUUGAGCGGUUCUUCGGUCGCCGCGCCGAUGGCCACUUUUGUGUGACUGAAGCGAUGCAAUUGUGGCUGCAAGACAACUGGGACAUUUCCCCUGUUGUUUUAUACGACAAGCCGCCUGCAUUCUUUCAGCCGACGCCACUAGACGUCCAACACGACCUCUUGGUGCGCCUUGACGACGCCUUUGCUGCCGUGGCCGAUUUGGUGCCAGCCAAACCCAACGCCACGUGGCGCACCGAGCUUCUAGGAUCUUCGUCGUUCAAACUUCGCAACGACCGUCCGGCACUCGUUAUUAGCUCGACAAGCUGGACUGAAGACGAAGACUUUGGUCUGCUCUUUGACGCUCUCGUGCUGUUCGAAGAAGUGGCCAAGGACCGCUGUGACAUUCCUAGUCUCGUUGUCGCUGUCACAGGCAAAGGGCCGCAGAAGGCGAUGUACUUGGAGCGAAUUGCGGCACUCAAGUUUCAGCGGGUCCGCAUUGUGACGCUAUGGCUCGAAGCCAGUGACUACCCACUGCUCUUGGGCGCCGCCGACCUCGGCAUCUGCCUCCACACGUCAACGUCGGGCUUGGACCUGCCGAUGAAGGUUCUCGACAUGUUUGGUUGCCGCGUGCCUGUCUGCGCUGUGGGCUUCAAUUGCUUGAACGAGCUCAUCAAGCACGACAAAAAUGGUCUCGUCUUCCAGAGAAGCGAAGAGUUGUGUGACCAACUGAUUGAGCUUCUGACCGCGUACCCCAAGAACGAGACCCUGACGCGAUACCGUGCCAACUUGUCGGACUUCGAGCACUGGCCGGAGAACUGGUCCAAGCACGCUGCACCAGUGUUUGAUGCUCUUAUGGCCCAACACUAUGACGAGACGGAAUAGUUCAAUUGUGUACUUUGCAAGGCAGUAAACUGUGCAGCAUUACUAUAUUCUUUGUUUUAUCGUUCCCCA